AUGGUUAUCGCCACGAAUUUAGGUUUCCCUCGUAUGGGCGCUAAACGUGAAUUGAAACGUCUUGUUGAAAAUUUUUGGGCUGGAAAAAUUGACGAAAAUGCCCUUCUUAGUGGUGCAAAGAAACAUCGUGAGGAGCAUUGGUCUCUCCAAAAGAAUGCUGGUCUCGAUCACAUUCCUUCUAAUGACUUUUCUUUUUAUGACCAAGUGGUCGACCAUUCCUAUGCUUUUGGUGUCAUUCCUGCACGUUAUAAGAACCUUAAACCAGGUCUUGAAACCUAUUUCGCUAUGUGUAGAGGUCUUCAAAAAUCGGGAGUUGAUGUUGAAGCUUGUGAAAUGAAGAAGUGGUUCGAUACCAACUAUCAUUACAUCGUCCCUGAAUUUGAUUCAAACCAACAAUUCAAUCUCAAUGCGACCAAAAUUACUACCGAAUACAAUGAGGCUAAAGCCGUUGGUAUUCAAACUCGUCCCGUCAUCCUAGGUCCGGUCUCCUAUCUUCUCCUCGGAAAGCCUGCGAGAGGUUCUCCUCAAGAGUUUGAACCAAUUCAGUUACUGAGCAAGCUUCUUCCUUUAUAUGAGGAAAUAUUAUGUAAAUUGGCUGAGGCUGGAGCUACAUGGAUUCAAAUCGAUGAACCAUGCUUAAUUCGUGAUCUUCCUCCCACCCUCAAAAAUGAAUAUACUUCUGCCUAUAAUGUGCUCACAAAGGUGUCUCCUAAGCUGAAAAUAUUGAUUGCAACAUAUUUUGAGCGCAUUGGUACCAACAUUGAUUUCAUUAUUGAUACUCCUAUAAAUGCUAUUCACAUUGAUUUGGUUCGUUCCCCUGGCCAAUUGGAACCAAUUUUGAAACGUCUGCCUUCGACCGUUUCCCUGUCCCUUGGUUUGAUCAAUGGACGUAACAUUUGGACGGCCAAUUUAGAUGAUGCUUUAGCUGAAGCUCAGAAAGCCGUCACCGCUCUUGGUUCUGAGCGUGUUUUCAUUGCUCCAUCCUGUUCUCUUUUGCACACACCUCAUUCUGUUCAAAACGAAAAAAAGAUGGAUUCUGAAAUGUUGGGUUGGUUAUCGUUUGCUGUUGAAAAGAUCCAUGAGUUGGUAAUUAUCUCUAAAGCAUUGAAUUGCGGUGUCGAUUCGGUUCAGGCAGAGCUUGAUGUUAAUCGCAAAUCAAUUCAAAGCCGUCGAACAUCAUCCCGCAUCCAUGAUCCAAUUGUGCAAGAGAAAAUGAAGUCUCUCACACCCGAUAUGUUCAAGCGUAAGACUCCUUUCCGUGAAAGACAACAAAAACAGAAACAAAAGUUGGGACUUCCGCUCUUCCCAACGACCACUGUUGGAUCUUUUCCCCAAACAAAAGAAGUCCGUUCUAUUCGCGCUAAGCUCAAGAAAGGUGAUGUAACUUUAGCACAAUAUGACGAUUUCAUGAAUAAAGAAAUCGAAAAAUGUAUUCGCUUCCAAGAAGGAAUUGACAUGGAUGUACUUGUACAUGGAGAAUUCGAACGUAAUGAUAUGGUGGAAUUCUUUGGUGAAAACCUGCAGGGAUACGUUCACAGUGAAAACGGAUGGGUUCAAUCUUACGGAUCACGUUGCACAAAGCCACCCAUUAUCUUUGGGGAUGUUUCUAGGCCAAAACCCAUGACUGUAGAAGUUAUUAAAUACGCUCAAUCCCUGACCAAAAAACUUGUGAAGGGCAUGUUAACGGGUCCAGUCACCAUGCUCCAAUGGUCAUUCGUUCGUGAUGAUCAACCCCGAAAGGACACCACAUACCAAUUGGCUCUUGCCAUUCUCCAAGAAGUACAGGAUCUCGAAGCUGCUGGAAUUUCUGUGAUUCAAAUUGAUGAGCCUGCUAUCCGUGAAGGUUUACCUAUCCGUAAAGAAGACUGGAAUGAGUAUCUCCAAUGGGCAGUUGACGCUUUCCUUCUUUCUAGUUGUGGUGUCGAUUGUUCCACUCAAAUUCAUACCCACAUGUGCUAUUCCGACUUUAACGACAUUAUCGAAGCGAUUCAACGGUUGGAUGCCGAUGUAAUUACAAUUGAAAAUUCAAGAUCCGACUUGAAGCUCUUGAAUGCGUUUGAAAAGCGCGAAUACACAAACGAGAUUGGUCCAGGUCUCUAUGAUAUUCACUCUCCCCGUGUACCUUCAACGGAAGAAUUGAAGACUCGUCUGAAAGAAAUCCUCAAAUAUAUUCCUAAGAAUCUUUUGUGGGUAAACCCUGAUUGUGGCUUGAAGACACGUGGAUGGAAAGAAGUCGAAGCAGCGCUGAAGAACUUGACAGAUGUCGCGAAGGAAUUUCGUGCGGCUGAGGCUGGUUGUUAA